UCCUAUCGUUAGCUAUAUAUUAAAUGAUAUUAUUACGAUAUGGAUUUUAUUAGGAAUGCCCUUGCGGCUAAUUGUCGACUGGACGGAAGGAGACUUGAUGAUAACCCAAAGAUUCUCAUAGAACCAAAUGUUAGUACUGGAGCUCAUGGCAGCGCCAAGGUUAUCCUGGAUGAUACCGUUGUUAUAACCACCAUAAUGUUCCACGUAACAUCGCCGAAUACAAAUUCACCGGAAGAGGGAAAUGUAGAAAUUACACUAGGAUCCCCCUUUACACUGGAAGAUUCAGAUAUAUCGCAAAAAAGAGAUGAAAGAAUGGCGCAUAUUUUGGAAAUGCUGCAGUUUCACAAGCAAUUAUUUAAUCGCAAACUAUUGUGCAUACUAUCGGGGCAAUAUGUAUGGACAAUGAGAAUUCAUACUACCGUGCUGCAAAGAGGAGGUGGAGUCAUGGAUGCCGUAAGCGUUGCAGUUAUAUGUGCCAUGCUAACUGUAUCCGUGCCCAAUAUAAGAGGUGUUAUUAAAGAUGAACUGGAGUCAUCACGCACAGCAACAAAUGUAAGGCUGAGGACAAUGGAGGGAUAUAAUACUGACAUUGAAAAGCUAGCCAGAGAGAUACCUGUACUGGUAACUGUAGCACGCAUAGGUGAAUCGCAUGUAUGGUCAGUGAAUCAGGAGGAAGCAGCUUGUGCCGAUGGAUUCCUGACAGUUGCCGUAUUUCCCAAUGGAAACUGUGCAGGCAUAAGGGCUGUAGGUGCUUCAUUCCCCCUGUCAGUAAUGCCAUCACUUAUAGCCAAAGCGCGUACAAUAGGACUGUAUCAGCACCAACAGAUCACCACAGCAUUGUAAUAUCUUUGAUGUACUAUUGUGAAAUGUUA